CCCAGCGCAUUAGCUGACAUUCCCGAUUGAGGGACAUUAGUAUCUCUCCUCAACCAUCCCUUACCGGUUUCUCCUCGGGCUAUUCAUCGCAGUUACCUCAAUUCUCCGCGCGAGCAUUGUCAACGCCAAGGGCAGCGGCUGAAAAUCGACGCCAAUGUCAUCCGCCCAAGUCGAUGCAGACCUCUGCGGCGCCUCUCCCGGCUCAUCGCAACCGCCACGCAUUUCCGCCGCUUCUCUUCCGCACGGCCCCGUCGGGAAAUCAGGGCCUGUUUUCGGCGAGUUGACGGCCGCCAACUGGCGGAAAUGGGCGGCUAGCCGGUUGGAGCAGAAGGCGCAGCCACAGCACCCGUCGGAAAGUGCAUCACCGCUCGCUGAGCGAGUCGACGAAGCGCGAACUCUCGCCUUAUUAGUACCAGGCGAUCCGUCAGUUCGCGGUCCGUCAGUUCAAGUUCCGUCAGCACUCGGCCCACAGACGCCUCAGCCGGAAGGCCACUGUGAGGCGUGCUGUGAACGCCGCUCUGCUGGACACUGUGGCUUCCAGACUAACCGGCGUGGUCCCGCGUGCAAGCGCACAGGCGAAGCGCUUUUCGGCUGCGGUGCCACGUGGCAGCCCCUCAUUCCGGGGCUGCCGGAUGACGUGGCGGAACUGUGCCUCAUCCAGCUUCCACGAACCUUCCUCCAGCAGUGCAGGAAAGUGAACAGAACAUGGAGGGAGUUUUUAGACAGCGCGCGCUGCCUGCGCCUUCGAACCGCCGCCAAUCGCCUUGAGCCGUGGCUGUUCGUCCGGGCAGUCGGGCAGCCGAGGAAACAUUUCGAGUGGCACACAUUUGCGGAGAGUGCAGGAUGGCGAAAGGUCCGCCGCCCGCCCUCUGCCAACCAGCUGCAUUGUCUUGAGACGAAUAAAAAUAAAAACGGCCGCCCGCCCACUACCGACCAUCCGGAGGGCUGUGCUGACCAAUGGGAGGCGUCAGGGGUGGGGUGUGUGGAGCUGGACAGGUGUCUGUACGUGAUUGGGGGAACGGGGCCGGAUCGCAAGAAUCCGUUGGCUGGCACUUUGAGGUACGACCCCCAGACUGCCCGCUGGGCCUGCUUGGCCAAUCUCAUCACUCCACGCAGCUUCUUUGGCUCCUGGUCUGCCCGGGGAGAAAUCUUCGUGGCGGGCGGCAAUGCGGCAGAGCUUGAAGAGAUCAAAUCAGCGGAGGUCUUCCAGCCAGAGAGUGACAUGUGGCAGUCCAUCCCACCUCUGCCCUCGGCACUGUCCAGCUUUGGGGCGGCGUGCUUUGGCGGGACUCUGUUUCUGACGGAAGGGUGGCAGUGGCCGUUCCACUUCUCACCUCGUGGAUUCUCCUGUCCUCUUUAUAAGCUCUUCCGGGAUAAGGGAAGGGAGGACCUUAGUGCGCCAGGUAGAACGGGAGAAGUUUCGGGAGGUUGGAGAGGAGCGGAGGGAGGGGGAGAGGGAGGGGAGACGAGUAGGGUAGGAGAGAUUCAAGGAUUUGAAAACCCUGGGGGAGAGGCAGCAACAGGAGUUGGUGAGCGUGGUGGGAGGAGGGCAUUGGAAGGCAGUGAUGAGGCUGUCGCAGCAGCUGAAGCAACUGAGGAUGUGGAUGUGGAAGGGCCGUGGGAGUCCAUGCGCGAGGGCAUGGCGGAGGGGUGGACAGGAGUGGGUGCCGUGGUGCACGGGACGCUUGUCACGCUGGUGCAGGAGGGGCAGACGCGCAGCCUCUUUUCCUAUUGCCCGGGUACUGACAAGUGGCAGCAGCUCAUUGGCCCACCAUUGCCCCUAUUCCUGCGCCCACCCCUGCGUAUAACCGUGGGUGGCGACGAUUCUCUUUUUGUCAUUGGGCGAGGGUUGGAGGUGGUGGUGGGGAAGAUAAGCAAGGAGGGUGGUAGGAGGUGUUGCACGAUGGGUGCUAAUUCGUCGGCGGGAGGCGCGGGGAGUUUGAGGAAUUUCGAAGUGGGUAGUGAGAAUGGGGGGCGAGAAGCACAGCAACCAGAAGAAUGGGGCGUGCAGAGGGAGAGUGGCAAUGGCUACACAUAUGAGGAGACUAGGCUCCGGGUUGACUGGUUGUAGCAACGAGGAGAUGUUUCUUCGUCAAAACUUGCUCCAGAUGCAUGUGUUGUUGUAGUGAUGUGAUAUUCUUGAUUCAGUUAUGUCAAUGCAAGCCUUAGUGGAAGGGUUUUAACAGGGUUUUUC